AUGUCCUUCAGUGAUCAGCAGUACAAGCAGCCCUGUGCGCUACCUCCAAGUCUUCAAAAGACCCAAGAGCAGUGCCAGGCACAAGCGAAGGAGGCAUGCCUCUCCCAGGGCCAGGACCCCUGCCAAGAUGAGUGCCUGCCACAAGUUCAGGAGGCAUGUCUUCCUCAGGACCAAGAGUCAAACAAAGGAAACUGCCCACAGCAAGGUCAAGAUCCAUGUCUACCUCCGUGCCAAGACCAAAGUCUGCCUCAGUGUGCCGAGCCAUGCCAGGAGCCAGCUGAAACAAAAUGUGUAGAGGCGUGCCCACUGAAAGUCCAAGAAAGUUGCUCAGCCCCUGGAAAGGGAAAGUAG